AUGCCCCAAAACAUGCUUUCACAGGACCCAACAACCGUCCUCAAGACUCAAUCGAGUACCGUGCUGUACCGGAAUAUUGAAACCGGGCUGAAAAUCGCCCAAAGCGUGGAUUGUAAUGCUUUUAUUCGUGACAAAAUCGUUCCCACGGUAAUUGCAGAUCGCGAGAUUGCCAUUGAAAAGUGCCACGUAAGAUACGCUACCAAGAAUACAAAGACAGAAGAAUACGUAUCAGAGCUAACAGAACAGCUGCGACAGGGCAAAAGCGUUGUGUUGUUUGCUUACGGCCCGCACAUCCAGCGCGGGGUGACCAUUUUGGAACUUGUCAAAACGCGUUGGGACGCCAAAGAACCCUUGGAACAGCAAAACACUCUGGACCGGUUUGUUAACGUUGUGCCCGGAAGAAAUGAGCUGCUAGAUCGGAAACUAAACGUUCCAAUACUGGUUAGCGUGUUAGAGAUGACUACCCGUGGAAAGUGA